AUGUCGGGCGCAGGAGGCCUCUGCCCGACCCUCGAGUCGUACUCACGCCUGGGCAACUCCGGCUCGGGAGUCUCCCCACUUGUCGGUGUUUUCGCUCGCCUUUGUGGUGGCAGUAUUCCCCAUCAAAAUACCAUUCAGAAUUUAGAAAUGCAGCGCAAGCUCUCUAAUUUGAAUGUCGAAAAUAUUCUUCAAGUGGCCGCUGGAUUUGCUCAUGCUACUGAAGCUGUUCCCUACCAGUUUGUGAAUUCCCGGCCCUUCCUCACGCUGCCAUUUACUUUCAAUUGCCCACUUCCUGCGAAAUCAUUAUAG